UUUUUUUCACUAAAAUCACCUAUUCCCUCUAUUUCUAAUCAAUAACUAAGUUCAAAAAAUUUGAAAAAUAUUUCAAAAAUAUAAAUGAAGUUUAUCAUCACCGCUGCCCUCUUCUCGUUAUAGUUGGCCACCAUCCCAAAGUUACUUUUUGCUACCAUCGUGCCUUCUCUGUCACACCGUUGAUCGUCACCAUCCAUCCCUAGGUAAAGAUUUUCAUCGUUGCUGCUCAGCCGCCAUUUCGCCAUUGCUGCUACCAUCUCAUGGAUACUGAGGCUCGAGAUAGGACAUACAUACUGCUUUGGGCAAGUUUUCAUCAAACUUUGGAUGGAACCUUUAUGAUAGAAUUAGGGUAGGAACAACAUUCAAACUGUUUUUAAAGGUUGUCCGUAUCAAGUCAAUUAUCAGAAGAAUUUGUCCAUAGCUUCUGUAAGAAUUUUUCAAUCACUUCUUUGAAAAAAUCAAAUUCCUUUUAGUUUCAUAUAUAUGUUGCCGCUUCAUGUGAAUUUCGAUUGUAUUCGGCAAGGAUAGAUGCUUUUGGUGAUAUUUUUCAUGUGUUGAUUGAAAAAGCUUUCAGGUAUUUAAAAGAAAUGGCUUCUUACAAUAAAUAAUUGAAGUCAGUUUAUCCUUUUAGACUUUAGAUUGGCCUAGCUGAUUUCUGGUUCUUUUAUAAAUUAAGGGAAAUAUUACUCAUCAUCCUGCUUGGUUGAGAGUUGAACUUUUAUGUGGGUAACAUAUGGUGGUCUGAUUUCUAAAUAUACGUUGGAUUAGUAGGAAAAUGGAGAAAAAGAGGGCUGGCACUUUACAUUUAUAUUAGGACAAGUUCAGGUGUUCUCUUCCUUAUUUACUUGACAUCAAUAUUUUUUACUCUUUGGCCUCUGUUUUUUUCAUGUAUAUCCUGAUCGUUUACUGAAUCCCCUUGGCCACUUUAAUUUGUCCCAAAUUGAUUCUCGCGGUAAAAAAAUAAGAAAAUCUAAGAAGAAGAAACACACUUUACCUAGAUCAAGUCAGCUUCCUCCACCUAUACCAAAAAUGAGCCCUCUUCCUAUGCCUCCUCGUCCUUCCAUGUCAGCUUCACAGUCAUCUGACUUUUUCAAAGCCCCUCCCCCAUCUAACUCACUUCAGUAUUACUCCAUGCCUUCUCAUGGUGGCUCAGCUUCGACCACCAUUAAUUUAAUACCCACGCCUCAUUUCCCAGCUUCUUCCCCGCGUGGUCUUGCUAGUCAGAUUGACAUCUCACCACCGAUUGCAUCCUCGAGCCAUCAUAGUAGCCAGCAUGGCGGUUCAUCUUUUGUGCCUCAUACAUCGCCCACUCAAUUAUCAUCUCCAGCAUCAUCCACUCCAAGUAUAUCUAACUUGGAUAUUGGAGGCUCUCACGCAGCUGCAUCCCCAUCUACCAGUACGUCUACAGUUGCUGGUACCGUGAGAUAUUGUAUUGGAGGGACUGUACAGUACAAUCAUCUUCAUCAGCUGAUUAUCAUUCCCCGUGACGUCGGGUUUUUGCCAUCCUUUCAGGCCGCGCAUAUGGUGAUGGAAUCUAUGAAGCCAUUUUUUGACGAGCCAUGGAAUUCUUGGAGACAGAUACUGUACCAGAUCAGAAUGAAUAUGUGGCAAAAAUUUAAGGUUAAGUGCGUAUGGCAGCCAACACUUGAAAAUCUGGUGCAUGAUAACUUCGAGAAGAAAGCACAGAAGCUGAUAACAAAUUCACAUCAUGUUGCUAGGAAAGGUGGCAAAAAGCCUAAUUGGAUACGUGAAGAUGUCUGGAAUCAGCUCUUGGCGAAGUGGAACACCCCUUAGUAGAAGAAGAAGAAGAGUGAACAAGCAAAGUUAAACAGAGCUUCUACUAAGGGUGGAGCAUUGCAUACUGGAGGUUCUAUUAGUUUUGAUGCCCAUCGUUGGAGAAUGGGAAAGGAACGUGGGGGAAAUGUGACUUAUGCUGAGGUCUUUGCAAAGACACACAAGAAGAAGAAGAAGAAGAAGAAGGAUAGCACAAGAGAAGGAUGGAUCGAACCACGUGCUUUAGAGAUAUUUAUAUAAUCCAAACACCAACACUAUAUUAUUUUUCCUUCUUGGUUUAUUUUAUUUAUAUAACGUGUAUUAUUUUUAUUUCAGGACAAGUAUCAUAUUGAUCUUGAUACAUGGCAACAAACUCAACCUGAAGGAGCUUAGCCGACCCCGGAGGAUAUGACUGCAAUUUGGACACAAGCGGCUGGUGGUGUGAAUAAAGGUCGAACCUACGGGAUUGGAGUACAACCAUCCUCCUGUCGUCCACCAACAUCAUUAUUCACUGGGGCAUUAGUUUCCCAAGAAGACAUGAAAUCUAUGCGUCAAAAAGUGGAUCAAAUGUCGCAAGAACUUCAAGAAACUCAGGCUUUGAUUUAAAAAUUGUUAAAAAAGAAAAGCAAGAAAAGAGCUGCAAUGGAGUCUGAAUCUGAGUCUGAGGAGGAGAUUGAAUCUGAAUAGGCUAUUUGAAUGUUUUAGAGUUGAAGUUAGAGACAUGUUUAAUUUAUGUUGUUUGAUAGUUCGGUGUUUCAUUAGUUGAUUGAAUUGUUAUAAAUAUUAUUGUUCGCUUGUGAUAAAUAUUGAAUUUUGGAUUGUUA